AUGCAGCAGAAGGACGAGGCACACGCUGCGGAGAUGGCGGCGUGCCAACGUCAGCUGCAGACGGAGGUGGUGCAGAACGAGGAGGCGGCGAAGCUUCUGCGCAGUGCGGGUGGCGAGAUCACGGAGCUGCGUGAGGCUCUCGCAACAGUGCAGCGGCAGCGCGACGACGGGAACACGCGAUGUGAGCGACUCGAGGCCGCCCUUCAUGAUACGCAGCAGCAGCUGCAGCGCGCCAGCGAGGUGGCGGAGCAGCAGCAGCAACUACUGCGUGCGCGUACGGAGGAGGCUGCACAACAGCAGGAGGAGCUUCGAGCGGCGCUGCUCGCCGAGGAGAGCGCCCAGCGCGACGCGGCGGCGCAGUACCGUGACGAGCAGCAGCGGCGCCGCCGUCUCGAGGAUGACAUUAGUGCGCUGCGGCAGAGCGUGACGACGUUCCUGCGCGAUGAGAGCGACGCGGUGGACUUACGCGAGCCGUCGCGGCUGCCCACGCCUGCAAGAAACGGAUACUUCUCCUCCCUUCAUGCAGCGGCCGUGAGGGGCGACGCACGGCAGCCUGUCGAAGCGCAAAAAGUGGGCCGCCGCAUUCCAUCCGUGCGGUCCGCAACGCCGGUGGAUGCGCGGCUGGACGCGCAGCAGCAGGACGUCGCGUCGAGGGUGGUGGACGCGGUGGAGGUGCUGCUUUACGCGAGGGACUACGCCCUUCGGCAGCAUGAGGACGAGCAAGAACAGCAGCGGCAAGGCUUGGCGUCCACGUCGCCGGGCCGGAGUGCGACGCCUAGCGAGGCGGAUCGUGUCAUUGCUGCGGAGUGCAUUUCAAAGUUGAUGGGCGCCGUCGCGGCGCUGAACGCUGUACGGCUGACUGCUGUGUCGCCAACGCCUCGGGUUGCCGCUGUUGGCGCUGCCGCUGCUGCUUCUUCUUCGGCCUCGCAUCGUGAUGGCAACGCGAGACUCGUGGAACACCUGCAGCAGCACCAGCGCACGCUGAGCUUCGUGCUUAAGGAGGCGCGGGAUGCGGCGACAGUGGGUCUGCGGUGCCUUCCAGCCGCCGCUGUUCUCGUGCAGGAUCCUCUUAUUGAGACGUUGUUGACAACGCUGGUGGAGCGGUUGAGCACGGUGGCAGAGCGGCUGCAGCGCCAGAGCGAGGGGGAGCCGGAUUUCCGCAUCGCAGAGUCACACAGUCGUGGCGACAACGGCGGUGUACCGGGAGGGUCAGCAGCUUCAGGGGGGAGUCGCAUUGCAGCGCUUGCGUCACCGUUCCCUCGCCCACCACGUGCGGAGGAUGACGCGGCAGAGGCAGAAGCAGCAGUGGAUGGGAGUCCAGCGCGGCGGCUGUACGCGAACGGCGGCAGCAGCGGGAACGCGACGCUGCGUCACACCUUCGGCUUCACCGGUGGGCGGCUAGAGGUGUCGCACGGCGGCACGCGGUUGCAGCGGUUGCUUCUGCCCGGCGUCGUGGACCUCAUGGCGUGCUCCGCGCUUGGCGCCCUCGACCACCGCACCUUCCUCGACGCACAGCAAGGCACGGCGUCACCGCCAUCAUCAUCAUCAUCAUUGUCUUCGUCGUGCUUCGCCUUCACAGUGCGCGUGGGCAUGCACUGUGAGGGCGUGCUGGUGGGCUUCGCGGACCGCUACCUGCCGCUGGAGGGAUUCGGCCCCGCGCAGAACUCGCUGCGCUACACGAGCUGUUACUACCUGCACCUCGGCCGUGGCACGCUGUACUGCCCGGCGCAGGGCAUCGUCGACGCGCCGUACCGCGCGUUCCAGCGUGCAGGAGCCUCAGCAGCUGUGCGUGUUGGGGAGGAGGUCACGUGCACGCUUAACACGGCGUCGCAGGUGAUACGCUACAGCCGAAACGGCGUCGACUGCGGUGUCGCCUUUGAGCGCGUCAGCCUCACGCGAGCGCUCUUCCCCGCAUUCGAGGUGAACUCGCGCGGCUGCACGAUAGAGUUUGCCUGA